AUGAACUCCAGUUCCGUUUCAAAUAGAAUCACUAUUGGAACGAACGAGUGCACACAUAAUGUAUUCAUUAAGGCAUUAAACGUUGGCGGUAUUUUGAAUCAUCACAAAGAAAAGGGCCCUUAUGAAGCACUACUUGUUCCACAGCAAUCGUCGUUGCUUUCAUGUGGAUUAGACACGUUUUUGAGGAUGUCACCACCAGCUGCUUCGGAGGACACAGUCUCUUCUUUCUCUGAAAGCCCCACUAGGAUCGCAGAAAUAUUAGAACAGAAUUCACCUUUAGGAAGCAUAUUUAAUUUUAACAUGGCCUCCUCGUCUGCUAUAUUGGACCCUGCCGAUGGAAAAGCGUCUGCUAAAAAUGCUUCAUUACAUCCAGAAGACGACAUGACGAAGGAAACUUUACAAGCGGAUUCCUGUAGCCUAUUGAAGGGAAUGCAAAAGGUCCUUUGUGAAUUUGUCCUUUUUCACCUUAUUCACUUCGAUUCGUCGGGCAAUUCGCGUUUUACGACAGCCAAAGGCCACCGAGGCGAGUUUUCAGACGCGUUGGAUGCUGUUAAGCGCUUCGGUCGGCUUGGGGUAGUACCAGUGCUCAGUGAUAUGAACCCUCUUUUUACCCUAUCAGAUUAUUCGCUAAAUCCAUAUCAUCCUCUUAAACUUCACAUGUACAUUAUUGACCGCCCAUUGAUGGACGAGCAGGAGCUGGCAAAUCUGAACCAUAGCCUGCAGCGCGUCGCGCGUCCACCACGAACGAAGGUUCCAACGGAGGGACUUCAUUCCCUCCCUCUUUCUUCUUUAUCUUUGCCGUUUGCAGGAGAAAAGUUGGGGAAAAGCGCGACUUUAAACUUCAACGCUCAGCCGGAUUGUACUCUUCCACUGGACGACGUCGUCGUUGAAACCGAUCUCAUGCCGUACGCUUCUAAGAGUUCUCGCGAGCAAACGCAUUCCGUAUUUAGUCAACACAUGAAGUUGUUCACUCAUAAAUACAGUAAGGAAAGCAUUAUGAACUACAAGAAAAUUGUCGCCGAAGACAAUGAGAUCUUUUAUUCAGAAUUUGAGCAUUUAAUGAGCAAACCAAUCUGCUCCGAACUGGUGAGGUUAGUCACUGGAUUUCUUUUGGAGGUUCAUCGCAAAACAGCGCCGUCAAAAAUAGAUCGUAUCUAUAACCGUUUUAUGGACAACACUUGUGAAAUGGUUGAAAAGAUCUGUUCGACGGGCAAUGACACUAGACGGUUUAUGAUUCUCCGCGAAGGACUUGAGAAAUUCGUUAUGUCGAAGCUCUAUCAGCGGGUUUUCAACACGAAUCCCGUUGAUUUACACAAAAAUAAAGUUUUACAGGGAAAACUCAAGCGUGCGAGCACCAUAAGCGCACCUCAACUCGACGCCUUGCUAGAGGUUGAGCAACACUACCUGUGGGGACAGACGAUGUUUGAGCUGGAUGGCAUGAAUUUCUUUAAAUCCCCCCGUGAUAAGCUACGCUGUGCGAUGCGCGCGAGUGAGUUAUUAAGCCUCAUCAUUGGCAAUGUCCUCCUCACCCGCCAGUCGGACUCCCCCCCGCCCCUCCCACGCCUUUCUGAGGCGAACGAGGCAAAGACAGGGGAGGAGUCCGUACAGAGUGGGAUGCCCAGUUUUGGCGCGGAUGUCUUUUUGCCCUGUUUUAUGCUGCUGGUCCUGCGGGCACAGCCUUGUAACUACGGGGCCAACGUCUGUUACAUCGACACCUACCGCGGGCUGGCCCUGUGCUCAUCCGAGGAGCGUUAUGUCCUCUCUAACCUCAACGCCUCGGUGGAGUUUUGGAUGGCCUACGACACAGCGGACGACGCCGAGGCGGGGGAUCCGAAUGGCGAGGGUCCGUCCUCGUUUUUUGACGAGGAUGCCGGACUUUCAACGUCAUCAGGGGUUGUCUUACGCCGGCUGAUGGAAAGGUGUCUGCAGCCUAGUAUGCUUCACGAGGAAAACCUCCUUCCAUCUCUACGACAAACCUCCACUCUUCUACACCCGACAACGACGGGGACGUCCUUCAGGAUGGAGUCACUCAGCAACGACGCACAACCCUGUCUUUCGACGGCCGUUUCUUCUUCGCUUCCGGCGAAUCCAACGCCAUCCUCUGGACCUCUUGUUGAGAAGCCGUUCUGGCGGCCAUUUCGUUUUUUUUCUUCUCACGAAACACCUACCAGCGGAGGCGAGGACCCUCCCGCAAAACCCGCCGAAUCUUCCCCAUCCGGAAUUGUGCAUCUCAAAGAUGCCCCAAUGGGCGCUAUCCGGGAUCUUUUGGUGGUGCAAAACAAAGUAUUUGAUCAGCUAACCUUAUCGGAGCUUCGCACUAUUGUCGAAGAGGCACGUGAAAUGGCGCGGCGGUGGGAUUGA